AUGAAACUCCCCUCGGCUUUCUCCCUGCUCUUCGUUCUGGUGGUGGCGGAGGUGGUAGCGCAGAUCAACUACUCGCAGAACUGUGCCAACAGCAUCGGAACCUGCCAGAACGCUUGCUGGGCAGUUCUAUGCACUCGCGCGACGCGAAUGUUGACCUAUGAUUCCAACAGGGCCAACCAGGCCCCCCGUCGCAGGGCUUCGGGCUGCAGCAGGAACCCCUGCAAUAACAACAACCUUCCCUACCGCAGGUUUGGAAACUCAUGCGACGAGUAUCCCUUCGCCAGUGUCAGGCAGGGCGGAGCAGGAGCCAAGUUGCGCUGUGUUCCCAAAGGCCAGAACGACAGCCAGGGAGGUCAGCUUUCCGCGUUCUACCGCAACAGCGGAAUCCGGAACGGUCAGAGAUAUGGGGUCACCUUGCGUAACUACGGGGGAGCAUAUUUUUGUAGGCAGAGGCCGACCUGCACGAACGACGGGGAGGAGUGGGAGCCAGUGAGCCUGAGAACCCUUGAAGAUGAGGAUGGCGAUCUCCACCUCGUCAUCGCUGAAGAUCCAGAUAAUCCGAUCCGAGUGGGAGACGAGGUAUGGACUGAUCCGAUUCAUGGGACUGUCAGACUUGUUCGGGAAGUUCCGAGUAGUGAGACAUGA